AUGACGACUUCUUCAGCAAGACAGCCCUUGACAGAGGACAUCAUCUAUCAAGUCGGGCUAUGCUUUCUGCCCGAACCUUGGGAGAAGGCCCCGACGCCUGCUGAGGGAGGCGACUUCGAGAUGGACAUGGCUUGGCUGCGUAGACUCACCUACCUCUCCCGAGCAACCAAGAGGCUCUUGGAGCCGCUUCUGUUCCGCUUUGUUCUUCUCUCAACCUCCCAGGAUGUCGUCCACUUCUACAUCGACCUCAUCCAGAUACCGCGGAUCCGAGGAUACGUCCGCCACUUGGCCUGUGUUACGCGCAGACGCUCUCCUGGCAGCAUGCUUGAUCUUCGCGUCAACCGGAUGUUGGGAAGGAUCCUGGAUGAGCGGAUCGGUGGCAGAGAGAACAAGCUGUCCCUGAUGAAGCAGGGCGCAGCCUGGGAACCAUUCGUCAACACAUUUUCAGGAAUGGAGGAGGCGCCGGAAGAACAUCUCGGACCAUAUUUGAAGAUGCGUGGAGAUGUCGACUACAUGAUCCGAUCUAUCCUGCUCAGUACGACCAAGCUCAAAACUCUCGUGUGGCAUCUCGAUGAGUUUGGCAGGGUAGAAACUUGGGUCCCUCAAGUUCUAAAAUCGGCGGCCAAGUCUGAUCAUGUUCUGCUGCCCGACUUGGAAGUUAUGGCCCUGAAUUAUCACAAUGUGACGCGCAACGAUCGGUACUCGCACCUCCAGGACUUUUCAUGGGAACGGGGUUACUGGAAGAACUUGCGCAGGCUGGUGCUGUACGACACAGACUUUGACGAUGACUUUGGUAACAUGUUAUACCGGGCUGGGAGGGUCGGGGACUUGGUGCCAGUCGAGGAGCUCAUAGUGAGGGCGAAGAAAGGUCGAGACAUUUCUAGCCUGGAGGUCUUUUCAGUCCCAGCUGACUCCCACCACCUGCUAUUCCGACCACCGAGCGAGGCCAGUUUCCGACUUCUUGAAAAGGUCAAGCUACUCGACAUUAGCUUUGGGUACUUUUCACGUCGUAACGAAGAAGGCUCUGUGAUGCUGGAGGCGUUUGUGCACUGGCUCGGUGCCCCUGAGCGGCUUCACCUCACGGGACAUCCUCCACCGUUCAAGGCUCUCGCAAGGGGUACUGUUAACUCCCGGCUCAAGUCGAUCCAGGUGAAGGAGUGGAAGGAUGAAGAGGAUCUGGAACAGGACGAGAUGCGGCAGAAGGUUGAGGAUUGGUGGAGAAGUCACUCGGCUGUGGUGCCGAAUCUGGAAGAGUUUGUCGUGCAGAGAAUUGGCGAGAGCAAGGUCUGUAUCACAAAGCCGUAA